AUAACUCGUCUCAUCUCCACUCUCUCAGCCUAACCCUAAAAAAACCAGAUCAUAUUCUUUCAAUUCUUUUACAGGCUUAAAGAGAAGUUAUGAAAGGAGGUACGGUUCAGAUAAAUUGGCACGAUACUAAGCCCGUCCUUACCCUAGACUUCCAUCCCAUCUCCGGUCUUCUCGCCACCGGCGGCGCUGAUUUCGAUAUCAAGCUAUGGGUAAUCAAUUCAGGCCAAGUGCAGAAGAAACUGCCCACUGCUUCAUAUCAAAAUAGUCUCUCUUACCAUGGCUCCGCUGUUAAUGCCCUUCGCUUCUCUCCCUCGGGAGAACAACUUGCCUCUGGUGCCGAUGGAGGUGAACUGAUCAUAUGGAAAUUGCACACUACAGAAACUGGUCAAAGUUGGAAAGUUUUCAAAAGUUUGUUAUUUCACCGUAAAGAUGUUCUGGAUUUGCAAUGGUCAACUGAUGGCGCAUUUCUCAUCUCUGGAUCUGUUGACAAUUCUUGUAUUGUAUGGGAUGUUAACAAAGGUUCUGUCCAUCAGAUAUUGGAUGGACAUUUCCAUUAUGUCCAAGGUGUUGCUUGGGAUCCCUUGUCCAAGUAUAUUGCUUCUCUCAGUUCAGAUAGGACUUGCCGAAUUUAUGUUAGUAAGCCUCAAACAAAAACAAAGGGUGCUGAGAAGCUGAAUUAUAUUUGUCAACAUACCAUCACAAAGGCAGAACAGCAACCAAUAGAUGAUGCUAAGUCGGUAAAAAACCAUCUUUUUCAUGACGAAACACUUCCAUCAUUCUUCCGUCGAUUAGCUUGGUCACCUGAUGGAUCAUUUUUACUGGUGCCAGCAGGUUCUUAUAAAAUAUCAUCUUCAUCUGAAACAAUAAACUCCACUUAUGUCUUUUCCAGAAAAGACCUUUCUAGACCUUCUUUGCAGCUCCCUUGUGCUAGCAAACCAGUUGUUGCAGUUCGAUUCUGCCCUUUAGCUUUCCAACUUAGGGGAACAAACCAAGCUGGUUUGUUCAAGCUUCCUUAUCGCCUUGUAUUUGCUGUUGCAACUUUGAAUUCAUUGUAUCUUUAUGAUACUGAGAGUGUGGCUCCAAUAGCAAUUUUGGCUGGCCUUCACUAUGCAGCCAUAACUGACAUUGCUUGGUCAUACGACGCAAGUUAUUUGGCAUUGUCCUCUCAAGAUGGUUAUUGUACAUUGAUAGAAUUUGAGAAGGACGAACUGGGACUACCCAUUUCUCUAUCAGAACCUAAAAUCAUGAACAUUGAGAAUACAAGCUCAAUUGUCCAGAACCCUGGUGACAUGGUGGUCGAAGUUGAUGAUCCAGUCGCAGUAGAUAACAAAAUGUCGGAAUGUGCAGAAAAGAGUGAUGGGAAACAGGUAUCACCAAUAUUAGCGAAUACUCCCAUAUCAAAUAAGCCAGCCAAGCGGCGAAUUACUCCGAUGGCAAUCGAUCCCUGAUAUUGUCAUGAUUAUGGUACUUUUUUGUCAACUGUUUUUGUUUGCAUGGUGUUGAACUAGUUAUCAUAUAUCCCUGAUAUUAUCAUGAU